AGAGGACUGAUUACAUAAUCCCGAUGGUAAUAUUUAAUAGGAAUUUUGCCACUCUCUUCCCAUCUCAGGAGGAAUGGAGUAAGGGAUCCUCACUAAACAACUUCGGUACUACAAUCUAUACAGAUGGCUCUAAAAUGGACUGGACUGUGGUGUUGGAGCAAAUAUUUUUUGGUACAGUACAGUCUCGUAUAUAUUUAUCGGCUGAUUUAUUGGGUAUCAAUUGCCAUACUGGCAUGUCUUGCUUGUUACGGAAAUCUGUACUCGAUGAACUAGGUGGUUUGAAAACAUUUGGUUGUUAUCUAGCCGAAGAUUUCUUUAUCGCCAAAGCCAUUCGAGACAAGGGAUGGAAAAUGCGCAUAAGUAAUCAACCGGCAUUGCAAAAUAGUGGAAUUUGUGAUGUAAACAGAUUCCAAGAGCGCCUCAAACGUUGGGCGAAAUUACGCGUAGCCAUGGUACCGACAACAAUACUGUUAGAGCCUCUCUCCGAGUGCAUGGUAUUAGGCGCCUUAGCCUCAUGGUCUGCAUCGUUACUAUUUAAUUGGGAUCCAUUAGUAUUUUACUUAGUGCAUAUACUCGCGUGGUUUCUUUCAGAUUGGAUAUUACUUUCUAUUGUGCAGAAUGGUUCAUUGACAUUUCAUAAGUUUGAGUUCGUCAUUGGUUGGCUUUUUAGAGAAAUAAGCGGCCCUUACCUAUUCCUUCAUGCGCUUUGGAAUCCAGCUAUUAGAUGGCGCAGACGAAUUUAUAAGCUUCAGUGGGGUGGAAUCGCCUAUGAGUUACCAACAAGCAAUACGAAUAUGAGUACAAAACGUUUACUAGUAUCAUAGCAUAAGUUGAUGAUGCCUAAUUAUCAGCAUCUUAAUUUUAAUACGCAAAACAAUAGUAAUAGUACGAAUAUUUUUUUGUGUAAAAUUAGGAUCGCCUUUUUAGGAAUUUUACAUUGAUAUAAGGUAUAUUUUGGUUUAAAUGUAUAUCUAUAUGUUGAAUCGGAGUUUCUUUUAAGAAGUACCCUAGAAAUAUAUAAAUGUAAGUGAAAAAGAAGGAAUGUAUGAAGUAUUAUUGUAAGUAGUCUAGCUGUAAAUUUUGUAAUGCGUAAAAUAAUGACGUGUAACGUAAAAAUCAAUCUUAACAAAUGCUAAAUAGAAACAAUGUUACAGUAAAUAUUAUUAAAUUCAUAAUAUAUCUUUGAGAUGGCUGACAAGUUCGCAGCCCAAGGUACUUGAAGCAUGAAAA